AUGUCUAAAAGUUGUCAGAUCCAUCUCAAUGCUCCACUGGUGACAGCGGGACCGUGGAGGAGGAACAGCGAAGUAAGUACUCAGGUAGAUUAGUCACACCUCUGACAGAGAGCUCUUAUUUUGAUUGUCUGAAGUAUUAGGACUAGAGUAAGAAUUAAGGGUUUAUUCUCAUUGAAUAGAGUUAUCGGGUUGAAAUGUCAAUUUACAUAAUAUGUACAUACACUUUUCAAUUCACAUUAGUGACGGGAAUGUCACGAGCGGAGAGAGGAUUCGGUUUACUUUCUUGCUUCACAGCUCAAUAGUACCUUAAAUGUCACAGUAGCCACUAGCCAGGAGGCUAAGCAUCGCAAACUAUAUUAGGCCUACACUCUUAAUUAUUAGAACAGAACCAUAUCACACUCUUGAAUAAUACAACAAUUCACAAGCAUGUGCAGAAUGUUAAAGUAAUAUUUAUCUUCUGUACACUCAUUACAUUUUAGCUUCAAGACAAAAGCACAGAGUUACUACUAACUAAAGCUAACAAAAUGUCUUCAUUAAGUAAUAUUAGCCUAUCAAAAAUGAAUGAUUUAACCCUCUCAUAUUAAUAUAAAAGUACAGUAGGCCUACCUUACAACAUUACAACAAACCAUGCUACAUUUUUAUCAAGGGAUCGUAACUCAUAGCAGUCAUUACUCAUUAGCUACCAUGCAUGUGUCAGGGAAAGCGCCCGUUCUCACCUCUCACUGCUCGCAUGCUGAAUUAGACAGGGAAGAAGACGAGGACCGUUGUUUGUAGAUUUAGUUCAAAGAGCCCAUUCAGGGCACUUUCUUUUAGAUGUGAAGCUUGGGUUAUUGCCGGUUCAAAUCCAGGUCAGUAUUAUGGAAUACUAAUACUACCAUGUUUUUUGUUGUUCCUUGUUCAUUUAGUUGUAAAGGCAAUAUACUGUACAUGUAUUUGUGCCUUUAAGAAAAGUCAUAUAAUGUAUACAUAUUUCAGUUGUGUUUCUGACAGCUGACAGUUCUGUAUAUAGUAUGUAGACAAUGAGGAUAUCAUGUGUCUCUGAAUAGUUCAGCUGGCCAUACUGUUGUGACAGUGUCAUCGUUUUCAACAGUGUGUUUUCCAGGCCAGUGAUGUGUAUCUUUAGGGUUUGUACUGUUGCAGACUUGUGUUUGCAUAUGGCAGAGGACUUUACUCAUACUCACUCUGGACACUCAUAUAGUACUGCACACAAACUGUUUGGUCAUGUCAGCCUUGAGUGUGUGUGCCUUUUGGCUGUUGACAUCUUUUUAGACUGGAAUUCUCAUACUUUUGUGUUAUCCAGACUGAGGUCUGUUAAGAUACUGAGUACCAACCCUAAUCAACUGUACAAUUUUAAAACAUCAAAGGCGACAUAUCUGAACUUCUCAGCAUGUGAAAUGGCGAGGGAAUAAAUAUUGCGUCAACUUCAACCAGGGAGGGGCGGAUUAGUUCAAACAGAUUGAAUGUGUUAAAAAGUCCAGUAAAGUGUUGAUGAUCUGAAAUGGACGAUGCCAAAAUUCCUUUAUGACGUUAUAGUCCUACAUAACAUGUCACUGUUUCGUACUUGAUGCUGCAUGGAAGAUACAGCAUUUUCCAAACUGUAGUUAUCUUGAUGUUGAUGAAUCGUGUACUGGCAACCUGCCCAGACUGAGCAUGAUGCAGACCGUCUCCUAACAUAUAGCUUUACAACCCAACAAGACUCAGACAUUGCUAUUGUCAUGGAACAUUAUCUUAAACAGUAUCAUCAAUGGGAAGAAAGCUGUGGCUCAGACAAGACUCUGGGAGAUGGGAUGUGUCCUUCCAUUCAGGCUCACAGCCCAGGCCCUUCAAUAUACUGUAUCAGUUUAUGUUUACCACACUGGUGAUUUAUGUUGCUCUCAGAAAUGUAAACAGUCUUUUUUUAAAGGAUUAUUCCACGAUAAGAUUCAUCUCACUUCUGAGGGGAAGAAAACAAUAUGUUAUAGUAGAAAGUUCACACAGUCAGUCCUCAGACUCAGUUUGUAAUACAAUGGGAACACAUCCCACACUAACACUGAUAGAUUACUGAAUAGAGUUUAAUUUCCACUUCGUCUCAUUCUCCUCUCUCCAGACCACAGAUUUUUUUGAAAUGAUUGAGAAGAUGCAGGUAAGGUAUUUUGAAUCUGUUUCUUUAUUAACUAAUGUUUCUAAGCUAGGCAGUGUACACUAACCAGUGAUUUAGUCUCUAUUGCUGUAAUUGCUGCUGUUUUGGCUUUGCUCUCCAGUAACAACGACUUGUCUUACCUGUGCUCUGUACUGAAUGUUAGCAGAGCUGGGACAGACAGUGUUGGAGAGGAGAUGUCUGGACACGAGCAGUGUGCCUGACUCUGGACAGCCACUCUCAUGAUGCUUCUUCCCAGACCCUCAGCUAAUUACCUCACUUCAGAGAGCACCUAAUAACCCCCUGGCCCCUGGCCUUUGAAAACUGUAGCCAGCCUCCAUGCCCAAAAUAGAGGAAUAUAGGUUAACAUUACAGCAUUUUACUACUUAUCAAGGCAAGACUGUGUUUGAUACAGUACCAAAAUUGGUGAACAGGGUGUACUUUUUAGGGUGUCUGAAAGUACAUUUUUAUUACAGUGUCAUAUAAAGUAACAAAUUACUUUAUUGUAAGAGUUGUAAUACAAAGUCUGUAUAGAGAAUUUAUUAUUUCUCUAUUUAUAAUGUAUUACUACUUAUUAUUCAUAAAAAUAUACAUGAUAUUUGGGCUUGAGGAUAUUAUAUAUAUGGGCUUGUGUUUUUAUGCUGUAUGUAUGUUGACAGAGUUAUGUAUAAAGCAAUGUCUUUGCACAGAAGAUUCCUCGCCAGUUUGUAUAUCAGAUGCUCCAGGGAUUCCUCUUCUCUUCAAUAAUAGACAGCAUAUCAAACAUAUCAAACUCACAGGAGCAACUAUCUGCUCAGACAGACUCACAGCCCUCACAUGGUCCUUUACCCACAUGUCUGUAGCCAGUAUCUGUACACACUCAUGGACUGAGGGACAUGGGUGUUUUAUGGGAAUUUCAGGCCACAUAGCAAGUCAAUGUGACACAGUCCCAAAGUUCGUAUUACUGCUUCCAUCCCUUUCUCUUCCAGGUAGCUGUUAACUGGCUGCUUUGUUCACAUCUCCCUACCUAUCUCUCUCCAACUCCACCCUGCAUCCCUUUGCUCUUCUGCCUGCUAUCUGUAUAAACAUAUGGAUGGCUAUGUAACAUCUUUGUCUGUUGAUAAUAUGAUUAGUCUCCCAUGUACUUUGUUACUUCCUCUAAAACUGUGGAUUCAAAUGUAAAUAAGCUGUCAGAUAAGAUGUAUGACACGGUUGUGAAUCAGUAAUAAUGAUGAACAUCUCUGGACCUCCGAUGACCUGGGUUUGGAAUGUAACAUCAGCUGUCAUGUGUGACCAUUAACUUCUUCUUCUCUCUCUCUCAGGGCAACAGAAUGGACGAGCAGCGAUACACCUUUCCUCCCCCACUCAAAGUACGGCCCUGACCUCUCUCUUUCUCAUAAUACGCCCGUUGUCUCACUGCUCCUCAUAUCUCUCUGUAUCUGACUACUGACUGUCAAAUUGUAUUCACUCAGUGGGCACAUACUGGGCACACACUGGUUGAAUCAACGUUGUUUCCACGUCAUUUCAAUCAAAUUACGUUGAACCAACUUGGAAUAGACAUUGAAUUGACAUCUGUGCCCAGUGGGUAUGCUCUAAUCCAGCAGCCCUCCCUACCUACUAAUGUAUAGACUAACAAGGUUAGAGUACAAUUAUUGUUACAGAGUAAUAUAAUCAUCAACAAUGCAGCCUGAUUGUCUGUAUAUGCAUUAAACAGACAGGCAUGUUGGCUGGAUUCCAUGGUAAUAAAAUCAUCACUUUAAAUCAGUAGCAUCAAUGAAAUUGAGACAGAUGAAUACUUGAUGUAUCUGUGUUGUUCCCUCUGCAGACUGAAGAGGACUACAUUCCUUACCCCAGUGUCCAUGAGGUACAUAUAGAGACUCAACUUCAAUGCAAUCAUUUCACCAGUGAUAUGGAUGUUGGCAAUUUGUGCUUCGUGGUUGAUAUUUCAGUAUUCAUUGAAAAUCACUAUCACAUUGCUUGGGGGGAAAGAAUGACUCACCAACCUCUUGUGUCUUCUACUCUGUGUUGUGAACCAGGUGUUGAGGAGAAAGAGUGGGUUCCCCCUGAUUCUGCUGCCUCAGUUUGGGGGUUAUUGGAUCGAGGGGAACAACCAUGAGCUGAGUGACAGUGCUCAGCCAGACCAGAUCCAGCCCCUGUCCCCCACCACACACAAGCUGGAGAGUAACUCCACCGCCAAGAUCUACAGGAAGCACUUUCUGGGCAAGGUGAGGCUGAACACUGGGACUGUUGUGUUGGAGUUUGGCUGAAUGGUUAUACUGCAGGAGACCGGGGUUCGAUUCCCGGUUGGUCAUUUUUGCAGUUUGUCUCCUCUACUUCCAUCACAUAUUUUUCCAACCGCCUUUAAAACAUAAUAAGACAAAAUGAACUCUGUCUGUAGAAUAAUGAGGCUACAUGGGGAUGAAACAUUUGUUAAGCACCUUCUAUUCAUACAACGUAUUGCAGCCCAAAGGGCAUAGCACUAGUAUGAAGACACCAUAACUCACAUAGCUAAGUUUUUCACAAUCAAUUUCCAUUCCUAUUCAUUAUGGUAAUUAAAGUGAAUGAGUAUUAGAACAAUCCCAACUGGGUAACCUAAUAAGAGCUACUCUACGUGCCGGUUGGCACUUCAGAGACGGGUGCUAAUGAGAAGAUGCAUUAGGCUUUGCCACAUGUUUUACACCAGCCAGAGUAAUAUGAACAAAUCUAAUCUGCCCAUAGAAGUGAGCAGAGACCUGAAUGGAAUGGCAGCAGUUGGCUGGCACAUACAGUUGAGACAUAGUUAAUUAACUAAUUAAAAUGUGUUUGGGUGGCUGUGUGUGCGCAUGUGUGUACUUACGCCUGUGUGUGUAUGAAAGAGAGAAAAUGUACUCUUCGGCUAAACUGUGUCGUUGUGCUGUGUCCCCAGGAGCACUUGAAUUACUACUCAGUGGACGGAGCUCUGGGACAUCUGGUGUUCUCCAUGAAGUAUGACGAAAUCGGAGACCAGGAACACCUCCGACUCAUGCUCAGGUAAAACACACUUAGCCUCCUCCAUCACGUCCUUCUCUCUGCUAGCUCUCAUAUCUCUCUCUGUUCUCAUCCCUUUCCCCUCCUCCUCUUCCAUCCCCACUUUCUCCUUUAUCUGAAUACUGUGCAUACAUACAGUACAUACAGUACUAAACUGUAAACAUACUGGUACUGUUUACAUCAUUCUGUAUCUCUGCAACUGAGUAAUGCACAAUGCACAGUUGUAACUCUGUUGUAAUCAAUGGAAAAUUGCUCAAAUUAGAAUUUCCAUUCACUUCCAGUGUUCAUGAAUUGUUCCCUAUUGUGGUGAUAAUCCCAUCCUCAUACUGAUAGUCUUAUCAUAGGAGUCAUAAAGUCAGUGAGAGUGUAAACAGCACACUGUCAUUUCUGCAUGAUGUGACAGAUGGACUCUUUAGGCCAGUGUGUGGGUGGAGGGUGGAGGGAUACGGAUGUAGAGACUAGGGCCAGGGCUGGGUUGCAUCACUAUGAUCAUUAUGAGAACAUGUUGUUAUGAUUGUCUAAACCACCAGGACCAAGCUGGAGACAUACCAUGAUGUUAUCCCCAUAUCCUGUCUCACAGAGUUCCCUAACGUGGUGCAGAUGGCCAAGGUGAGAUCAUGGUUAGGGGAUAAAUAUCAACACAUACUGUAUGUGGAAAAGAUGUUGAAAAGUGUCAUAAUUGUAUCAUGAGUUCAUGAAUUUGAUCUAAGCACGAUUAUUUCUAUAUUUUUAUUUUUUACCCUUAGCUUGUCUGUGAAGAGGUAAAUGUGGAUCGUUUUUUCCCUGUCCUCUACCCAAAAGUAAGCCUUAGGUUUUGAAGUCUUCUGAGAUAUUUAACCACAGAAAAAUAUUUUUUACAUGGAUAAUACAAAUGUUGUAAUCCUGACUAUUUGUUCAAUUUGUGAUCUCUAAACAGGCUUCAAGACUCAUUGUCACUUUUGAUGAACAUGUUAUAAGCAACAACUUCAAGUUCGGAGUCAUCUAUCAGAAAUUUGGACAGGUGAGCCUUGGAGAUACAUCAAGAGCACAAAGAAAAUCAAGGAGAAAGAGACAGAGAGCGAGACAGAGAGAGACAGAGAUAGACAGAGAGAGAGAGAGAGAGAGAGAGAGAGAAGAGAGAGAAAGAGGAUAGAGAUAAGAGAGAUAGAGCUAAGAGGAGCUAUUCUGAGAGAAUAAGAUAUCGGGUCUGAAUAGCUCCCUCAUCUCUCUCCCGUCUUGAGCUUCGCUCUAUCCUGAGAAUAUCUUAUAAAUAGUCUCUCUCCCUCUCCUCUCCUCACUCUCACGCUUUCAUCUCUCAACUACUCACUCUCUGAUCCCCUCCUCUCUCAUGCUCCCCUCAUCUCCUGUCUCCUCUAGCGAGCUAUCCGAUAGGCCUCGUCUGAACUACGGACAAUUAUAACAUCUAUACAAGAGCCUCAUUACUCUCUUCGUAGUCUCCUCACUUCGCUAUCGCCUUCUUCAAGAUCCAGGUCUAUCCUAUCGCACUCUAUUCUACCGACACGACUUUGCCUCACUCUCUGUCUCAGCUACGACUAUCCAUCAACUCCUACCCGUCCGGACUCAUGCAGUGCUGCUACUGCACCUACCCAACAGCGAGCCCUCGGGAGUCUGUACGCCUCUCGAGCAUGGAUCAUCUGCUUUUUCAAUCGGAAAAGUCAAUCCGCCGUCCAGAAUACAGCAAUAAUGUUUCUCUCUCAUCCUAUUUAGACAAGUCUGUCACCAAACCAACAUACUCUACUUAAGUAUUGUGCCAAUCACUGGUGUAUAUUUGCUGAUUGCCAUCCGUCUCCCUCUCUCUCUCUCUCUCGCGCUCCUCUCGCUAUAGAGAUAGAUAGAUAGGAUAGCGAGAGACACCCAUCCCCCACCCACCCCAGGCCAGAGAGGUCCCUUCUCAAUCUCACUCUUGAUGUGUGUCACACACAGAGGAAGCCACUCACUGGAAAGACAAAAGCACUCUCUCUCGUCCGUCAAAGGGCCUUUCCUGUCUUCUCGUCACACAAUGCUGUGUGAUUGAAACCAGGGGUGUUUAAACUAACACACUGUACACCUCAUGAUCUUCACAUCCUACUGUAUAUGUGUAUUGAAAGUUUGGUCUUCCUUCCUCCAAACACUGACCUUUAAUGUUAAAUGAGAACAGUAUGAGAUCAUGAAUACCCGUGUUCACUGUAAUGUAUGUUUGCAAUUCAGCCCGAUGUUAAUCAUGCAUUAUGCUGAUGUACGCUAAGGGUACUUCAGUCAGACACCACUAUAGAUUUGCUAAUGCUUGUGUUGUUGACAGUGUUUUGUCUUUUGUCUUGAUGUUUGUUGAUGGGUCCUGAAGUAUAAUUUAUAUUUUUUAUUAGGUCCCUCUUUUGUGUGUUUUCUGAGAUCAAAGUGUUAUUGUUCUUCACUCAUUAUUAUAGUUAUAUUAACCAUAUUAAUUGUAUUAUUCACAAUAUAGCGUACAUCUUAAGUAUGUCAUCAUGAGAGCUUAAUAUACAAUAAGUUAUAUAAUCCUCAUAGUGCUUUGGUCAGUGGCAUUGUUUUCUGAAAAAUGCUAAUUGUUUGACUGCUGUUAACCUCUAUAAAAACCUUGUUUGCAGACUUCAGAAGAAGAGCUGUUUGGGAACAGUGUUGAGAGUCCUGCCUUUGUUGAAUUCCUAGAGUUUCUGGGGGAGAAGGUCGAGCUGCAUGACUUUAAAGGGUAAGAACUUCACCACAACUUUUUAAUAUACUCAUUCAAUAACAACAACCACAAUUGUGUGAUUGAUUGUGUCUUGAACAGUGUGUUGGAGAUAGGACCAUUCAGUGAAACCCUCUAUCUAUCUGUCUAGGUUUCGUGGUGGGUUGGAUGUGACCCACAGGCAGACAGGCUCUGAGUCCGUCUACCACAACUACCGCAACAAGGAGGUCAUGUUUCAUGUGUCCACCAAGCUGCCUUACACUGAGGGGGACACACAACAGGUACUAUUACAAACCCCUCUGAUCUCCUCCUACUGAUGCAGACUGUCAUCAUCACACUGUUUAUUCUGUUAUGGAUCAGGUUUUAAAGGAGUAGAAAGUUGUGUAUUCGUAUGAAAUUCAGUAUUGGUAUCCAUAUGAUCCAUUAUGAUUGGAAACAUCAUGGAAACAUCCAUAAUGAUUAUGUAUACUGUAUGUUUACUUUAGAAACAGUAUCUUUCUCUUUCAGUUCAGUCUUCAGUGGAGCACUACUGUAUAAUGUCUUACAGUGUAAACUUUCUCAGUCUUCACUCAUCAGGGAAACUGUCCCAACACAAACACAGACAGACACCUUAUCAGAACACAUACACAAACAAUGUCUUAAGCCUAUCUAGACAAACACACACCAUGAGUUAUCAGGACGAACACACAAUGUUUAAUCAGAGCCCACAGCUGCAGUGGGAGCAGCUGAUUGGUUCCCCUGAGAGUUAAGUCAAUCUGAGCUGUUGUCCAGGUUGAUAUGGUGGAGCAGCACCCAUCCAACUGGUGUUUGUUUACCCUGGCUCAUCUGUGGACAGACAGAAAUCUGCCAUGACAGACAGGGAGAGAGAGAGGGGGAGAGGGGGAGAGACAAGGGACUCCCAAGAGUGGUAGAGAAAGGCAUUUGCAACAUUCAGUAGUUUGGAGGUGUAUAAAUAAACUCUUAUUACUGCUACUCAAGCAAUACAUGACAGACAAAUUCAUUACUGUUCUUGAAAGCAUUUCCAUGUGACAUGAAUGUUCAAUGCAGCUUUGCUUUACAUGCUGUCCUGUGUUGCAGUUGCAGAGGAAGAGGCACAUAGGGAAUGACAUCGUGGCCAUAGUGUUCCAGGAGGAGAGCACACCCUUCGUACCAGAUAUGAUUGCCUCCAACUUCCUCCAUUCCUAUAUAGUGGUGCAGGUGGAGAACGCCUGCACUGACAAUGUACUGUACAAGGUGCUAGAGCACUCCCUGAUCUUCACUAAACUAGCCAACCAACAUCAUACCAAACAUACAAUACUGUGACCAUUGAUCAUUCAUGGCCCAUUCGAUUGUCAUCUGUUAGGUGUCAGUAACAGCGAGAGAUGACGUACCGUUCUUUGGACCACCCCUGCCAGACCCGGCCAUCUUUAGAAAAGUAAGUUGGCACAACUACAAUCCCAACUCCUUAGAACACCGGUCAGCUACAGUGUUUUCUCUCUCCUCUCUCAUUUGUCUGUCACUCAUUCCAUUUCUCUUUUAUCCCAGGGUCCAGAAUUCCAGGAGUUCCUCUUCACGAAGCUCAUCAAUGCUGAGUAUGCCUGCUAUAAAGCUGAGAAAUUUGCCAAACUGAAGGUGAGUUAUUCAAAGGAUUGUUCAGGAGCCAACUAAGGGACUCAAGCCAGCAUCCUUGGCAGACAGUGUUGCCAGCCUAUCAUUACGUAUUAACUGUCUUGCUGUGUGUGUGUGUCACCUGUAUGUGUUAUCAGGAGCGUACACGGUCAGCUUUGCUGGAGACAUUGUAUGAGGAGUUGCACAUCAACAGCCAGGCCAUGAUGGGUCUGGGAAGAGACGAGGACAAGAUGGAGAACGGGUCCGGAGGAGGGGGCUUCUUUGAGACCUUUAAGGUAACCAGGCACGGCUGGGAAAACGAUUGGGGUAAUAAGCUUAGUAUGCACUGACUAAUAUGUUUUUACACAUGAUCACUUGUUCCUGAAUAUGUAACAGUUCUAAAGUUAUACAUGCUCAUAAAACUAAAACAGAGGACCUUUUCCAUCUUAGAGUGACACAGUUCUUUACACUGCACUAUUUCUCUGUUGUUCCCCCAGGUUGUACAGAUUGUUGUCUGUCUGGGGGUUUCCAAUAAUGUCCUUAUCCAUAAUACAGGACACUGGCAUCAACUACUUGAGCAGUCUCCAUUAGUCUGUCUGGGGAGCAUCCCUGUCUCUGUGCUCUGCUGCUCUGUCAAAUGGCUCACCAGCUUCUCAAUGUCAAGCUUUGUGUGUUGUGGUGUGUUGUGUUGUGUUCUGUCUGCAGCAGGCUACCAUGUGUUUGUGACAUACAUUAGCUGGCUUUAUUUCCUGCUCUGUUUCACCCUUCCAGAUACAUACAAUACUAGUUAUGAACGUGGACAUACAGCCAUGUACCUCUCUCUAUCUCUGUUUCUCUGUCCCUCCAGUCAGGUCUCUUCUACCGGGGUAUUCUGGGUUCAUGGGUUUUGGAUGCUCUCCAACUGGUGUUUACUGUGGACGUAAGCAGGCAGACAUUUCCCUCACUGCUCUACAAACUCCCCUUCUCUUCCCACCCACCAAUACUGACUCAGCCCCUGAGUCCCCUUGGGCGCUACAAGCUUAGUGUUUCUCCCUGCGUCUACUUUAGUGUCGGAUGGGAACUAACUAGGUCCUGCUAUCUCCUAGUGUCAGUGUCGUUCUCCUUGCUUCUUUCUGUAGCUUGCCCAGUGGUUGGGUUUAGAGUCAGUACCAGUUUAGUACUUGUCUUUCUCUCUCUGUCUGAGGUGGUUAGUUAGGGUUAGAGUCAGUGCUAGACCAAGCUCAACGUGUCUCCUCCUCGUCUGUCUCUGUAGCGAGUGAUCAGCAGCAGAAGCCAGUCUAUGGACACCAUGGGUCUCAAUUUCAAGAAGCCACACACUGUCUCCACUAGUCUCAGUGGCAACUUUACCCACAACCCACCUGAGAGCCCCAAAGGGAUAGUAAGUACACUACAGUAACAGUACCACAGGCUGCUCUGGUCUUGAGUAAGGUGAGCGAUGCUCCCUCUCCCUUCCCUGAGAAACCCUUGAUAGAGCCCAGCCCCCUCACAUGCCUGUCUAACUCAACUCACUAACCUCUAAAACAUUAAACACACCGAGAAUCUCACUGCCGACAGACUGCCGAUAGGUACUUAUCACAGUGGAAGGCUGUUCCUUCUCUUGCUAGAACAAAAGCGGUACCUACUGCGUGCCGACCUGGUAGCGACGAACCUACCGAUUCUACUUGUAGAAUUGCAAUGAUCGUCAGUGGCCAACAACUUGACUUUGAGCCAAUCAGAGAGCACGAACUCCAACGUGCGGGAGCCAACAACAAAAAAAUGAAAAAAGAGGGCCUUUUCUCCGUACAUCCACGGAUGACCAGUCACACGUCAUAGCAAUGUAGGCUAUGGGAUGGUAGCUAGCUAAGUACACAGACGCAAUGCACACAACACUAAAUACUUCCUCCAAGCUAGCUAACCACGGUAGCUAGUAUUGACAUUAUAAUUGAAUCACAGUGGAUUAGCUAGUAUCCAUGAGCUAUGUUCUGCUAGCUAGUGAACAUGCUAACGUUAGUUAGCUAGCUGAACAUUUGGCAAUGGGCUGGCACUGGCAGUAUGGGAUUAUGGAGAGUGGAUUAAAUUGUUUCUUCGCCUUGCUAUGUACAGUGGCUUGCGAAAGUUUUCACCCCCCUUGGCAUUUUUCCUAUUUUGUUGCCUUACAACCUGGAAUUAAAAUGGAUUUUUUGGGGGCUUGUAUCAUUUGAUUUACACAACAUGCCUACCACUUUGAAGAUGCAAAAUAUGUUUUAUUGUGAAACAAACAAGAAAUAAGACAAAAAAACAGAAAACUUGAGCAUGCAUAACUAUUCACCCCUCCAAAGUCAAUACUUUGUGGAGACACCUUUUGCAGCAAUUACAGCUACAAGUCUCUUGGGGUAUGUCUCUAUAAGCUUGGCACAUCUAGUCACUGGGAUUUUUGCCCAUUCUUCAAGGCAAAACUGUUCCAGCUCCUGAAAGUUGGAUGGGUUCCGCUGGUGAACAGCAAUCUUUAAGUCAUACCACAGAUUCUCAGUUGGAUUGAGGUCUGGGCUUUGACUAGGCCAUUCCAUGUCAAGGCGUCAGUGAAAUGCGGUAGGCGAAGUCAGGUUUCGGGUCGAGAGCCACUGCGGUGGCGAUCGGCUCUCGCCUUUUGUAGCCUGAUUGGCCACUGCAGGUGUACAUGAGCAGCGUUCCAGGUCUCUUCCGAGCACCGAAACCACUCAUCUACCACAGGAGCCUCGAUCUGGCUCUGAUGCCAAGAUGCCAGGACCCGGCUGAAUACCUAACACACACCUGGAAAGGGCGUAAGGUUAGUAGAGGAGUGGUGGAGUGAGUUUUGGCUAUCUCUGCCCAGGGGGGAUAUUACACUGGGCGCACACGAGCAGGAGGAAACAUAAACUCUCACGUCCUUGGCUAAAGUGGGCCACCAUACUUCCCACUAAAGACAUGUGCACUGUCCGACCGAUGCCAGGAUGACCAGAGGAGGGUGACGUGUGAACCCAAUAGAUCAAUCGAUCACGAACCUCGAGCGGCACGUACACCCGACCCUCUGGACACUGGGGGGGAGUGGGCUCGGUACGUAAUGCCCGCUCGAUGUCCGCGUCAACCUCCCACACUAACGGUGCCACCAGACACAACGCCAGAAGUAUGGGAGUGGGCUCAAUGGACCUCUCCUCUGUGUCAUACAGUCGGGACAGGGCGUCUGCCUUAGCGUUCUGGGAACCUGGUCUGUAAGUGAGAGUAAACACAAAACGAGUGAAGAACAUGGCCCACCUUGCCUGACGAGGGUUCAGCCUCCUCGCCGCCCGGAUGUACUCCAGAUUACGAUGGUCAGUCAAAAUGAGAAAAGGGUGUUUAGCCCCCUCAAGCCAAUGCCUCCACACUUUCAGAGCUUUAACCACAGCUAACAGCUCCCGGUCCCCCACAUCAUAGUUGCGCUCCGCCGGGCUGAGCUUCUUAGAAAAGAAAGCACAGGGGCGGAGUUUUGGUGGCGUACCCGAGCACUGAGACAGUACAGCUCCAAUCCCAGCCUCGGACGCGUCCACCUAAACCUGGAAUGCCAAGGAAGGAUCUUGAUGAGCCAGCACCGGAGCCGAAGUAAACAGGUCCUUCAGAUUCCCAAAAGCCCUGUCCGCCUCAGCUGACCACUGUAGACGCACCGGUUCUCCCUUUAGCAAGGAGGUAAUGGGAGCCGCUACCUGACCAAAGCCCCGGCUAAACCUCCGGUAGUAAUUGGCAAAACCCAAGAAUCGCUGCACCUCCUUCACCGUGGUUGGAGUCGGCCAAUUACGCACAGCCGAAAUGCGGUCAAUCUCCAUCUCCACUCCUGACGCUGACAGGCGGUGUCCUAGGAAGGAGAUGGAUUCCUGGAAGAACUGAAAUUGUUCUGCCUUCACAUACAGGUCAUGCUCCAACAGUCGACCAAGCACCUGACGCACCAGGGACACAUGCUUGGCCCAUGUAGCGGAGUAUAUGAGAAUGUCAUCAAUAUACACCACUACACCCUGUCCAUGCAGGUCCCUGAAAAUCUCAUCAACAAAAGAUUGGAAGACUGAAGGAGCAUUCAUCAAACCGUAUGGCAUGACGAGGUACUCAUAGUGCCCCGAGGUGGUACUAAAUGCAGUCUUCCACUCAUUGCCCUCCCGGAUACGCACCAGGUUGUACGCGCUCCUGAGAUCCAAUUUUGUGAAGAAGCGCACCCUGUGCAAUGACUCCAUCAUGCUCGCAAUCAGAGGUAAUGGAUAGCUGUAUUUUACAGUGAUCUGAUUUAGACCACGGUAGUCAAUGCACGGGCGUAAGCCACCAUCCUUCUUCUUCACAAAAAAUAAACUUGAUGACACAGGGGAAGUGGACGGCCGAAUGUAUCCUUGUCUCAGAGAUUCGGUGACAUAUGUUUCCAUAGCCGCUGUCUCUUCCUGUGACAGAGGAUACACGUGACUCCGGGGAAGCGCAGCGCCUACCUGGAGGUUUAUCGCACAAUCCCCCUGUCGAUGGGGUGGUAAUUGAGUCGCCUUCUUUUUACAGAAGGCGAGAGCCAAAUCGGCAUAUUCAGGCGGAAUGUGCAUGGUGGGAACCUGGUUUGGACUUUCCACCGUAGUUGCCCCUACGGAAACACCUACACACCUCCCCAAGCACUGACUUGACCAUCCCUUGAGAGCCCUCUGUUGCCAUGAAAUAGUGGGGUCAUGAGAAGUUAACCAGGGAAGCCCCAACACCACUGGAAACGCAGGAGAAUCAAUCAGAUAUAGACUACUUAUUUCCUCAUGCCCCUCCUGUGACCUCCCUAAUCGGACCUGACCCUAAAGGGCAACUAUCUAGGGCAUGUAUAGGGAAGGGCACAUCAACUGGCACAAUAGGAAUCCCUAACCUACGGGUAAACUGACGAUCAAUAAAGUUCCCAGUUGCGCCUGUAUCUACUAGCGCCUUAUGCUGGGAAUGAGAAGAAAACUCGGGAAAUACAACAUUUAUACACAUAUGCGCAACAGGGAGCUCUGGGUGAGUUGGGUGCCUACUCACCUGAAACGGUUCACCAGUGCGCUACCUACUGCCUCAACUCCUUGAAGGCCCUCCCCAGCACCGACCAGCAGUGUGUCCUCUGCGGCCACAGUUGGUGCAGGGGACGGCCCCUCUACCGGUCUCCCUCAUAGCAGCACCUCCGAGCUCCAUAGGGGUAGGGUCAGAGGUGCUGGGGGAUGGAAUGGAUGGCCCCUGAUCCGGACGUCCGCGGGUGGCCAACAGGUUAUCCAGUCGGAUUGACAUAUCCACCAGUUGGUCCAGGUUUAGGUUGGUGUCCCUGCAGGCCAAUUCCCGACGAACGUCCUCCCUUAAGUUGCAACGGUAGUGGUCGACGAGGGCCCUAUCAUUCCAUCCUGCGCUGGCAGCCAGAGUCCGAAAGUCCAGUGCAAAUUCCUGCGCGCUCCUCUUCCCCUGUCUGAGGUGGAAUAGACGUUCACCCGCCACUCUCCCCUCUCGUGGAUGAUCAAAUACCGCCCUAUAGCGGCGGGUAAACUCUGCAUAGCUUACAGUUGCGGCGUCUAUUCCCCCCCACUCGGCAUUGGCCCACUCCAGCGCUUUACCGGACAGACAGGAGAUGAGGGCGGACACACUCUCUUAUACCGAGGGAGCCGGGUGGAUGGUUGCCAGGUAGAACUCUACCUGGAGCAGAAAACCCUGACACCCGGCAGCUGUACCGUCAUAAGCCCUCGGGAGCGAGAGCCGAAUCCCACUGGACCCAGAUGGUGAAGAGAUGGACAUCGGGGUAGGUGGUGGUGUAAUUGGAGGAGGUAUAGGGAUACCUCCUCUCUCCCAUCGCUCCAUAGUAUUAACUACUCGUUCCAUAGCGGUGCCGAGAGCCUGGAUCAUGGCCGCUUGUUGUUGGACACGUUCCUCCAUCGAUCCGGCUGGCAUAGCUGUACCUGCUGACUCCAUGUUAUGGUGCGUGUUUCUGUCAAGGCGUCAGUGAAAUGCGGUAGGCGAAGUCAGGCGCAGGACACAGAGCUAAUCAAAAGGCGUACUUUUCUUGUGGGUAAAAGAAUGAACAACAACCUCCACGCAGGGAGGGAACAAACCCACACACUAACGACAACCAAAACAUGAACAAACACGCACAACACAAAGUGUGAGGCAGAGGGUUAAAUAGGGAAGACAUAACUACAUGAUGGGAAACAGGUGUGACCAAUUAAGACAAAACAAGUCGAACAUAGAUACAUGGAUCGGUAGCAGCUAGUACUCCAGUGACGACGAACGCCGAAGCCUGCCCGAGCAAGGAGGAGGGGCAGCCUCGGCUGAAUCCGUGACAUUCCAAAACAUUUACAGUAAAUGUUUCCCCUUAAACCGCUCGAGUGUUGCUUUAGCAGUAUGCUUAGGGUCAUUGUCCUGCUGGAAGGUGAACCUCUGUCCCAGUCUCAAAUCUCUGGAAGACUGAAACAGGUUUCCCUCAAUAAUUUCCCUGUAUUUAGCGCCAUCCAUCAUUCCUUCAAUUCUGACCAGUUUCCCAGUCCCCGCCGAUGAAAAACAUCCCCACAGCAUGAUGCUGCCACCACCAUUCUUCACUGUGGGGAUGGUGUUCUAGGGGUGAUGAGAGGUCUUGGGUUUGCGCCAGACAUAACGUUUUCCUUGAUGGCCAAAAAGCUCAAUUUUAGUCUCAUCUGACCAGAGUACCUUCUUCCAUAUGUUUGGGGAGUCUCCCACAUGCCUUUUGGCAAACACCAAACGUGUUUGCUUAUUUUUUUCUUUAAGUAAUGGCUUUUUUCUGGCCACUCUUCCGUAAAGCCCAGCUCUGUGGAGUGUACGGCUUAAAGUGGUCCUAUGGACAGAUACUCCAAUCUCCGCUGUGGAGCUUUGCAGCUCCUUCAGGGUUAUCUUUGGUCUCUUGGUUGCCUCUCUGAUUAAUGCCCUCCUUGCCUGGUCUGUGAGUUUUGGUGGGCGGCUCUCUCUUAGCAGGUUUGUUGUGGUGCCAUAUUCUUUCAAUUUUUUUAUAAUGGAUUUAAUGGUGCUCCGUGGGAUGUUCAAAGUUUCGGAUAUUUUUUUAUAACGCAACCCUGAUCUGUACUUCUCCACAACUUUGUCCCUGACCUGUUUGGAGAGCUCCUUGGUCUUCUUGGUGCCGCUUGCUUGGUGGUGCCCCUUGCUUAGUGGUGUUGCAGACUCUGGGGCCUUUCAGAACAGGUGUAUAUACAGUGGGGAGAACAAGUAUUUGAUACACUGCCGAUUUUGCAGGUUUUCCUACUUACAAAGCAUGUAGAGGUCUGUAAUUUUUAUCAUAGGUACACUUCAACUGUGAGAGACAGAAUCUAAAACAAAAAUCCAGAAAAUCACAUUGUAUGAUUUUUAAGUAAUUAAUUUGCAUUUUAUUGCAUGACAUAAGUAUUUUGAUACAUCAGAAAAGCAGAACUUAAUAUUUGGUACAGAAACCUUUGUUUGCAAUUACAGAGAUCAUACGUUUCCUGUAGGUCUUGACCAGGUUUGCACACACUGCAGCAGGGAUUUUGGCCCACUCCUCCAUACAGACCUUCUCCAGAUCCUUCAGGUUUCGGGGCUGUUGCUGGGCAAUAUGGAUUUUCAGCUCCCUCCAAAGAUGUUCUAUUGGGUUCAGGUCUGGAGACUGGCUAGGCCACUCCAGGACCUUGAGAUGCUUCUUACGGAGCCACUCCUUAGUUGCCCUGGCUGUGUGUUUCGGGUCGUUGUCAUGCUAGAAGACCCAGCCAUGACCCAUCUUCAAUGCUCUUACUGAGGGAAGGAGGUUGUUGGCCAAGAUCUCGCGAUACAUGGCCCCAUCCAUCCUCCCCUCAAUACGGUGCAGUAGUCCUGUCCCCUUUGCAGAAAAGCAUCCCCAAAGAAUGAUGUUUCCACCUCCAUGCUUCAUGGUUGGGAUGGUGUUCUUGGGGUUGUACUCAUCCUUCUUCUUCCUCCAAACACGGCGAGUGUUUAGACCAAAAAGCUCUAUUUUUGUCUCAUCAGACCACAUGACCUUCUCCCAUUCCUCCUCUGGAUCAUCCAGAUGGUCAUUGGCAAACUUCAGACGGGCCUGGACAUGCGCUGGCUUGAGCAGGGGGACCUUGCGUGCGCUGCAGGAUUUUAAUCCAUGACGGCUUAGUGUGUUACUAAUGGUUUUCUUUGAGACUGUGGUCCCAGCUCUCUUCAGGUCAUUGACCAGGUCCUGCCGUGUAGUUCUGGGCUGAUCCCUCACCUUCCUCAUGAUCAUUGAUGCCCCACGAGGUGAGAUCUUGCAUGGAGCCCCAGACCGAGGGUGAUUGACCGUCAUCUUGAUCUUCUUCCAUUUUCUAAUAAUUGCGCCAACAGUUGUUGCCUUCUCACCAAGCUGCUUGCCUAUUGUCCUGUAGCCCAUCCCAGCGUUGUGCAGGUCUACAAUUUUAUCCCUGAUAUCCUUACACAGCUCUCUGGUCUUGGCCAUUGUGGAGAGGUUGGAGUCUGUUUGAUUGAGUGUGUGGACAGGUGUCUUUUAUACAGUUAACGAGUUCAAACAGGUGCAGUUAAUACAGGUAAUGAGUGGAGAACAGGAGGGCUUCUUAAAGAAAAACUAACAGGUCUGUGAGAGCCGGAAUUCUUACUGAUUGGUAGGUGCUCAAAUACUUAUGUCAUGCAAUAAAAUGCAAAUUAAUUACUUAAAAAUCAUACAAUGUGAUUUUCUGGAUUUUUGUUUUAGAUUCCGUCUCUCACAGUUGAAGUGUACCUAUGAUAAAAAUUACAGACCUCUACAUGCUUUGUAAGUAGGAAAACCUGCAAAAUCGGCAGUGUAUCAAAUACUUGUUCUCCCCACUGUAUACUGAGGUCAGGUCACUUAGAUUGCACACAGGUGGACUUUAUUUAACUAAUUAUGUGACUUCUGAAGGUAAUUGGUUGCACCAGAUAUUAUUUAGGGGCUUCAUAGAAAAGGGGGUGAAUAACAUAUGCAUGCACCACUUUUCCGUUAUUAAUUUUUUAGAAUUUUUUGAAACAAGGUAUUUUUUUAAUUUCACUUCACCAAUUUGGACUAUUUUGUGUAUGUCCAUUACAUAAAAUAAAAAUAAAAUAUCAAUUUAAAUUACAGGUUGUAAUGCAGCAAAAUAGGAAAAACGCCAAGGGGGAUGAAUACUUUUGCAAGGCACUGUAGUUAUCUAGCUGUGGCCAUCUGGCUAGCAUCAACAAGGGCUUUCUACAAAAUAACAACAUUAGCGCAGAUUGCUUGGAAUCUAGACCAUAAGCAAUACACACGGAUAUGCAUUGCCAAACAAUGCUACUGCCACCUUCUGGUUUGGAGUAUUUUAACAAGGCUGAGUCACUGACGACUUCCAAGGUCUUUGCUGUGUGAACACAAAAGAGAUUGACUGCCAACACUCUGUUCAGAUCUGCUAAGUACUGUCGGCAGGCAAACGUUUGACAAUCCUACUGGAGUGUCUGAGCUUUAACACAAUAGCCUUGCACAUGAUUAAACUUGGCCACUCACACAGCUAGAAUUACUAGACAGUCACAAACCUUGCCUUUAUAUUUAUAGCGGAUGUGCUGAGUCAUCUUGUUUUAUCAAAGGUGUUUUUAACAUUGAAUGCAAUUUAAUAUUGUUUUCAUUAUUACAAUUCCACGCAUAUGCAUUGCAUCAGAAUGGGUCCCUGCACUGUGUGCUCUGUGUACAUGCCAACUCCAGCUCGUGCUUGAUGUUUGCUUUGUGAUGUUUAAAUCAAGAACAAGCUUGUUUGUUAUAAGAGUUCACAGGGAGUGCGUAGUGCGUACAUGGUGCAUAGUGCGUACAUGGUGCGUAGUGCGUACAUGGUGCAUAGUGCGUACAUGGCGAGUAUUUUUUAGGCAUUUGGAAGACAGAUGGAAUGAUAUGUCUGACACUCCAGUGGCAGAAGAGUUGCCCUUCUAAGUGAUAAAAGCAUGGUUCAUGACUGUUUGAAUGUUUCCUGCAAAAAUAUAUUUGUCAUGCUGUAUGUUUGGGAUGUAUUAUACCACUAAGAUUGUUGAUGAAACAUAGGAUAUACAUUUAUAUCAAAUCUGAGAGGAACUUAAUUUGGGAAGUCACAAGAUCUUUCUCUAUUAAGUCACCCCUUUGUCUAAGAUGUCACAUAAAUAGAAAAGACUCAAAGAAAACAUGUUGAUUAAGCAUGAAACAAAUAACAAGUGCUUUGAACAAUAUUUGUAACCAACCUGUAUGUGACUGUACUGGAGGCGUUCUUCUUGUUCAUGACCAUGUCUGCUGUGCUCUCUAACCCUGUAACAUGUAUGUGUACUUGUUUUCUGCUUUUCCUCUUCUUCUCCAUGACUCCAUCAUCCUCUUCCUCACAGGCCCAAUUCUAUGGGCCAUUUUUUCUCUCUGCUAAAGUGUCUCUCCCCAUUUCACUGCCUCUGUUGCACCCGUGUUGCCCAAAGUCUCUCUCGCUCUGUCAAUGUUUUAUAACUGUGCUUUUAUUUGUAACCUCCAGAUAUAACAUGUGUUUUAAAGUAUUUUGUUUUAUUAACAUAACUUGCUGCAUGUAAUCUCAUGGUCUUUCUCUCUCCUCCCUCAUCCCUCCCCUCUCUCGAUCUUCGCAGAUAUCCGCGAGUAUCGACGCCUACGAAUUCUCAACUACUCCUCUCUAGUCUCUGCUCCUCGAUCUCUCUCCUCUCCCCUCUCUCUCUCUCUCUCUCUCUCUCCUCUCUCUCUCUCUCUCUCUCUCUCUCUCUCUCGCUCUCUCUCUCUCUCUCUCUCUCUCUCUGAAUGACUCAGUCAUUGCUUGUCCCAGGGAAAAGUCCCAGUAAAUAUGGACGUCGAGGCAGUGCCAUAGGGAUAGGAGCAGUAGAAGAGGUUCAUAUCUAAUUCUAACUACUCCCUCCUUACUACUCUUCCUCUCUGUGUCUUAUUUCUCUGCAUGACUACACUGCAUCGUGACAAACACUUUUCCUAUGGUUGAUCAGUGAACCAGAACUUUAGGAUUCCAGGGCAACCACUCCAUAAAUGCAAAAGGACGACUCCUCGUUUAUGAAAUACUUGACUUUCUUAGCAGGAGAUUGCAUCUUUACAGUAUUAUACACAUAUUCUAAAGCUAUAGUAUUACUGAGACAAGUGAAAUGACUUGCCUCUCUCAACUGUUUGAACUACAUCACACACUGUACACUAGCCUUUGAUCCAUAGGACAUCAGAUAUACUGUAGAUACAACGCUAGCACAAAUAACGUUUUGUAUAAGUGCAUAGAGACAGGUGGUCCGUUUAAUGCCCUUAGCCCUCACUUAACUGGUCUUUGUUGUCUUGCAUAUUUCCUUGUUUUGUUGUUACAUUGUAUUGUGUGUUCACCCUCUGUAGUCUCCACAAGCAUAUCUCUCAACAUGCAAAUCUUGUUUAGCUAAUUCUCCAUUUGUUUAAAACUAUGAAUAUUCAUGUUUAGAGAACAUCCCCCCAAAAAUAAAACAUACAUUCCUCUCAAGCUCUUUGAAGCUCACAUUAGAUACAAGCUAUUUUUCAAGUCCUUAUUUUGAGAGCUUACAAAGGGAGAUUGAGUGAACAAAGCGUUCAGUCAGAAAGCACAUUUUAGUGGUAAGCCCUGGAGCACUAGAACUCAUCUUUUAUCUCAUGCUCUGCUCUCACUAGCCAAACGGAGUGGCAUUGGGGCUUGUUGCUAAGCCUCUAAGUGCAUAUUCUAAUGUUUUCUUAUCUCUGUUAGCUACAACUCCAAGGCAUAAGAAUGGUUACUCUGUACGUAGCCUGAUAAUAAUGAUUCACUCUUACGCAAGAUAGAACAUCUUGUACUUUCCACAGAGAUGGGUUGAAUUGUCUCACGAUUUAUAGUGAAUAAUAAUACAAUACCUUGAAAGUCAUGGCAUUUUGAAAAUACAAGUGAUGAUAUACUGUGUAUUAUAAACUGGGUGGUUCGAGCCCUGAAUGCUGAUUGUCUGAAAGCUGUGGUAUAUCAGACCGUAUACCAUGGGUAUGACAAAACAUUUAUUUUUACUGCUCUAAUUACGUUGGUAACCAGUUUAUAAUAGCAAUAAGCCACCUCGGGGGUUUGUGAUAUAUGGCCAAUAUACCACGGCUAAGGGCUGUGUCCUAGCACUCCGCAUUGCGUCGUGCUUAAGAACAGCCCUUAGCCGUGGUGUAUUUACCAUAUACCACACCCCCUCAGGCCUUAUUGCUUAAAUAACACCUAACAUACUAGAAAAAAAAUAACAAAGCAUAACAAUGCAAUAACUACAGCGUUAACAGUAAUGACAGAUGCCAUGUUAUUGGCUAUUGAUAGGCUGUUAUUGGGAAAGAGGUGAUGUCAUGGUGCUCACUGGUUGUUUUCUUCUUGUCCUGUCAGUCUUUGAUCAUCCCUGGGAAGAGUCCAACCAGGAAGAAGUCUGGUCCAUUUAGCUCCAGACGCAGCAGUGCCAUCGGUAUUGAGAAUAUCCAGGAAGUCCACGAGAAAAUGUAAGCGAUGUUGAUACAGUGGGUAUCAUAAAUAUUCACAUUUUGUUUCACAUUUGUUGCGUUAAGAUUUUUAAUGGUCUAUAAUGUCAAAGUAGAAGAAAAAUGCUAUCAAUUCUAUUUUAUUUUAUGGAAAAUUAAAAAACACUAAUAUACCUUGAUUACAUAAGUAUGAGUCCAUACAUGUUAGAAACACCUUUGGCAGUGAUUACAGCUGUGAGUCUUCUUGGGUAAGUCUCUAAGAGCUUUGCACACCUGGAUUGUGCAAUAUUUUCCCAUUAUUCUUCAAGCUCUGUCAAUGUGUUGGGGAUCAUGGCUAGGCAGCAAUUUUCAAGUCUUGCCAUAGAUUUUCAAGCAGUUUUAAGUCAAAACUGUAACUUGGCCACAGGAAAAUUCACUGUCUUCUUGGUAAGCAACUCCAGUGUAUAUUUGGCCUUGUGUUGUAAGCCAUUGUCCUGCUUAAAGGUAAAUUACUCUACCCAGUGGUAUAAAGCAGACUGAAGCAGGUUUUGCUCUAGGAUUUUGCCUGUGCUUAGCUCCAUCCCGUUUAUUUUUAUCCUGAAAAAACUCCCCAGUCUUUGCUGAUGUCAAACAGCCACCACCAUGUUUGAAAAUAAGGAGGCAGUUACUCAGUGAUGUGUUGUGUUGGAUUUGACACAAACAUAAGGUUUUGCAUUUAGGCCAAAGAAAGUAUUCCUUUGUCGUGUUUUUUUGCAGUAUUACUUUAGUGCCUUGUUCCAUACAGGAACAGGGUGCAUGUUUUGGAAUAUUUUUAUUCUGUAUAUUUAUUAUUCUUUUAACUCUAGGUCAUUUUUGUGGAGUAACCACAAUGUUGUUAAUCCAUCCUCAGUUUUCUCCCUUCACAGCCAUUGAACUCUGUAGCUGUUUUAAAAUAAUAUCACCAAUGGCCUCAUGGUGACAUCCCUGAGCAAUUUCCUUCCUGUCCUGCAGCUCAGUUCAGAAGGACGACUGUAUAUUUGUUGUGUCUGGGUGGUUUAAUACAUCAUCCACAGCAUAAUUAUUAACUUGACCAUGCUUAAACUGAUAUUCAAUAUCUGAUUUGUUAUUGUUACCCAUCUACCAAUCACUGCCCUUCUUUGAGGCUUUCAAAAAGCUCCAUGGUCUUUGUAGUUGAAUCUGUGCUUGAAAUUCAAUACCUGACUGAGGGACCUUACAGAUGUUGUAUGUAUGGGGGACAGAGGAAGGGGUAGUCAUUCAAACAUCAUGUUAAGCCCAAUUAUUUCACACAGAGUGAGUCCAUGUAACUUAUUAUGUGAUUUGUUGAGCCAAAUGUUAUUCCUGAUCUCAUUUAGGCUUGCCUAAACAAAAGGGGUAAAUACUUUUGCAACAAUUACAUUUUUAUUAAUUGGUUAAAAUGUGUAUAAUUUUAUUUUCACUUUGACAUUAUGGAGUAUCUUGUGUCGAUCAAUGACAAAAAAAUCACAAUUGAAUCUAUUUCAAUCCCACUUUGUCACAAAACAAGAUGUGAAAUAAUCCAAGGGGGGUUAAUACUUAUGAUACCCAUUGCAUGUUAGUCAUAAUGUCUUGUGUUUCUCUCUGAUGUCCUGAUCCUAUCCCUGUCCUUGUAUCUACCGCCCUGUCUCUGUAUUCAUAUGUACUUAUUCAGCCUUGUCCCCUCCCCCCUCAGCAGCAGCCACAGCGGUAGGGAGUGUUUACCUGGCACACAGAAGAACCCUGACAAUGACCACGCCUCUCAGGACCCCAAGUCUGAGAACUCAUCCAAUCAGAGCUCACCAGAAGUGCUCACUACAAAGAACACGUGAGUAGAUGACAUUUCAACACAGACAUAUAGGCCAAUAUGAUCAUUCACAUUAAAAUGUAAGCAUCAUAUCAACAUGAAUAAUGCGCUAUCAAGUUCAACGUCACUAGGACAAUGUGAUUUAGGUACCCACCCAAGUACCCUAAAAUAUGUACGUCUUCUACUCCAGACAGUGUAUGUGUAACACAGUUUGUAGUUCUAUCGGUGGACUAUUAAUGCAGGCAUGGUCCUGUCACAUUGUGGAUGGCUGACUGACUCAGGAUGUAGUUUUGCUCUUUGUAACAACAGGGCUCAGUCUAUCCCUGAGGGUCAUGACCUUUCCCGCUCCUCCUCCAACGCCAGCAGCUUCGCCAGUGUGGUGGAGGAAAACGAGACAGAGGCCACGGAGGACUACGACACUGGCAUGGUGAGUGUGUGUGUGUGCUUGUGUGCGUGCUUGCGUGUGUGUGUGUGUACGUGCAUGCCUGCGUUGUGUGUGUGUGCUUGUGUGUGUGCGUGUUUUGGCCAUGCUUUUAACCUCUUGCCCAUGUGUGUUCCCCAGGAGAGCCUGUCAUCAGCGGGGACGCCACACAAGCAGGACUCGUUAACCUACAGCACAUGGCUGGAGGACAGUAUGAGCAGCACUAGCCGAGGCAGCUCGCCAGGUGAGAAGAAGGGCCUGGGAGGCUAGGAGGCUAGGAGGCUAGGAAGCUAGGAGGCUAGGAGGCUAGGAAGCUAGGAGGCUAGGAGGCUAGGAGGCUAGGAGGCUAGGAAGCUAGGAGGCUAGGAGGCUAGGAGGCUAGGAAGCUAGGAGGCUAGGAGGCUAGGAAGCUAGGAAGCUAGGAAGCUAGGAAGCUAGGAGGCUAGGAGGCUAGGAGGCUAGAAAGCUAGGAGGCUAGGAGGCUAGGGGGAGAUUGUAGAUGUACACAAAAGAGGGCAUAAGGUACAUAUGAGUCUAGAAGUCAAUAACUGUUGCUUGCCAGGUUGUUAUUGUAAAAGAGGGUUUCUCAAUGACCUACCUGGUUAAAUAAAGGUCAUACCAAAAUAAAUACAACAUUUGGCAGUUUGAUGAUGUAGAUACAGUGGGGAGAACAAGUAUUUGAUACACUGCCGAUUUUGCAGGUUUUCAUACUUACAAAGCAUGUAGAGGUCUGUAAUUUUUAUCAUAGGUACACUUCAACUGUGAGAGACGGAAUCUAAAACAAAAAUCCAGAAAAUCACAUUGUAUGAUUUUUAAGUAAUUAAUUUGCAUUUUAUUGCAUGACAUAAGUAUUUGAUACAUCAGAAAAGCAGAACUUAAUAUUUGGUACAGAAACCUUUGUUUGCAAUUACAGAGAUCAUACGUUUCCUGUAGGUCUUGACCAGGUAUGCACACACUGCAGCAGGGAUUUUGGCCAACUCCUCCAUACAGACCUUCUCCAGAUCCUUCAGGUUUCGGGGCUGUCGCUGGGCAAUACGGAUUUUCAGCUCCCUCCAAAGAUUUUAUAUUGGGUUCAGGUCUGGAGACUGGCUAGGCCACUCCAGGACCUUGAGAUGCUUCUUACGGAGCCACUACUUAAUUGCCCUGGCUGUGUGUUUCGAAUCAUUGUCAUGCUGGAAGACCCAGCCACGACCCAUCUUCAAUGCUCUUACUGAGGGAAGGAGGUUGUUGGCCAAGAUCUCGCGAUACAUGGCCCCAUCCAUCCUCCCCUCAAUACGGUGCAGUCGUCCUGUCCCCUUUGCAGAAAAGAAUCCCCAAAGAAUGAUGUUUCCACCUCCAUGCUUCACGGUUGGGAUGGUGUUCUUGGGGUUGUACUCAUCCUUCUUCUUCCUCCAAACACGGCGAGUGGAGUUUAGACCAAAAAGCUCUAUUUUUGUCUCAUCAGACCACAUGACCUUCUCCCAUUCCUCCUCUGGAUCAUCCAGAUGGUCAUUGGCAAACUUCAGACGGGCCUGGACAUGCGCUGGCUUGAGCAGGGGGACCUUGCGUGCGCUGCAGGAUUUUAAUCCAUGACGGCGUAGUGUGUUACUAAUGGUUUUCUUUGAGACUGUGGUCCCAGCUCUCUUCAGGUCAUUGACCAGGUCCUGCCGUGUAGUUCUGGGCUGAUCCCUCACCUUCCUCAUGAUCAUUGAUGCCCCACGAGGUGAGAUCUUGCAUGGAGCCCCAGACCGAGGGUGAUUGACCGUCAUCUUGAACUUCUUCCAUUUUCUAAUAAUUGCGCCAACAGUUGUUGCCUUCUCACCAAGCUGCUUGCCUAUUGUCCUGUAGCCCAUCUCAGCCUUGUGCAUGUCUACAAUUUUAUCCCUGAUGUCCUUACACAGCUCUCUGGUCUUGGCCAUUGUGGAGAGGUUGGAGUCUGUUUGAUUGAGUGUGUGGACAGGUGUCUUUUAUACAGGUAACGAGUUCAAACAGGUGCAGUUAAUACAGGUAAUGAGUAGAGAACAGGAGGGCUUCUUAAAGAAAAACUAACAGUUCUGUGAGAGCCGGAAUUCUUACUGGUUGGUAGGUGAUCAAAUAUUUAUGUCAUGCAAUAAAAUGCAAAUUAAUUACUUAAAAAUCAUACAACGUGAUUUUCUGGAUUUUUGUUUUAGAUUUUGUCUCUCACAGUUGAAGUGUACCUAUGAUAAAAAUUACAGACCUCUACAUGCUUUGUAAGUAGGAAAACCUGCAAAAUCGGCAGUGUAUCAAAUACUUGUUCUCCCCACUGUAUGUCUGAUUUAUAGCCGUAUUGAGUCAGAGAAGGCUGUAUACUGUAUGUUUCUCCCAGUACAACUUGGUCCAGGAUCAUAACUGUUGAGGUCAUGUGUUUUAUUAUCCAGGUCCUGGUAAACUUGAUGGGGGUAAAGGGUCAGAUAUCCGCAUUAAACUGGACCGGCCACAAGAUAGUCAGUCCUCAUCGGUGAGACAUCAUCCAUACUGGGCCUCAAAGGGCUAGGGGUCUACAGCUGUUCCUCUGUCUAAUUCCUUGCUCACUGUAAAUAGAUGUGUGCUCCCUGCCUUUGCAUGAAUUCUUCUUUUAUUCUGUUAAGUGAACAUUGGUAUUGUAACUUCAGAUGUUGUACUUCUGUUACUACUGCUGUUGUUGUAUUCUCAUUACUGUGGUCAUGUGGUAACUGUUGUAGUUGUUGUGUAAAUUCUUCUUGCUCACUAUGCAUCUCUGUCUGUGUAUCCUUCCUGUCCAGAACUGUUAGCCUGGUUAUUUCCUGGGUGUCCAUCUGCAGGUUAGUCUGACUGUCUCUCUCCGAAUGGGGUUCUAUCAUGGAUGAAUUAUUUAGAAAGCGGUGGACUCCAUUAAACAGUAUAUACUGUAACUACAUGUAUUUACUCAUAAGUACACAUGUCAAGUGUUUAAGAACUCCUCUAAAGGACACACAAAUCCUGCACUGCCUCAUUUGCAUUUUAUUUUGUCAUGUCAACUUUAAGUAAGAGUCUUGUCUUAUGCCUCCUGUCCCUAAAGCAUUCCCAUAAGACACAAUCCUUCCGGGAGAUGAGACGAGCACAGGCUUUCGCCGUAACCAAUGACGACGAUGGGGAUGAGGAA